AUGGUGGACUCAAAAGAGAAUCCUCCUACAGAAACUCCACCGGCUCCUGAAGAUAGUGGCUCAGCUGAUUCACCGAGUGAGCAAUCGAAGGAGCAGACGGGUGAAGCCGAUAGGAGCGAGUCAACGACAGAAAAGCCCGAGGAUGCAGAUCUCAAGAUCCUCAACAAAGAAGAGCACGAAGAAGAGUUUGCGGAAAUUGAUCUUACAAAGUACGCUAGUGCAAAAGAGUUGGAAGCAUUAGGCUUGCAGCAUCUCAAACAUGCUCUCAAAAAUAUGGUUACGGUCAAGAGGUUGAGCAAAAAGAGGAAACUAUCAAACAAAAAGUUUCCUGAUCGUGAGGAUACUGAGAAGGCUCUAAUUUUACAAAAUAGUCUGCGGUACUUAGAACGUAUAAAUUUUGCGGUAAUCCAUCGAGAUCGGGAUUUCGACACAAACGGAGGAUGCUCAUUUGCCAACAAGUCCUUUAUAGUUUCGAAAAUUUCUACUAUCACUACAAAUCCAGCAAGUAGCACUAAAAAUGAAGACAGCGACGACAAGAAAGUGAAAGGCGAAGCUUCGGCCAGCGUGCUAAUCGAGGAUGCUGCGAAGAAGAUACAGGAAAUGAAAGAUCAGGGUCGUGUUGCCCUCACUGCACUGAAAAAACACCUCGCUAACCAUAGCGGGAAGUCCUUAUUUCCGGAUAUCGAUCAUGCUGUUGGAGUCCUAGUGGUGUAUAAGGCUCUUUCUAGUGAGUUAUCUCAUUCUCCUCGUACGACUUCGAACACGUCAGUCUGUUUGAUCAUGCCCGAUUUGGAUCAGUCUGCAACUGCAAGAAAAGAUCCUGAUGUGGAAAAGCAGGCGCGGCAGUGGGCAGAGAAAAUUGAGAAAGAUCACGGGCUAACAAGCCAGCACUACUCCAAG